AUGUUUUAUUGGCAUUUUGAAUCUCGCUCUGAUUCUUAAAAAGAUCCUUUAGUUUUCUGGCUUACUGGCGGCCCUGGUUGUUCUUCCGUAACCGCUCUUUUCGCAGAAAAUGGUCCUUAUAAAAUUCGCGACGAUUUAAAUCUUACUAAAAAUCCUUACUCUUGGAAUGAACACUCUAAUAUAGUUUAUGUUGACUAACCCGUAGGCACAGGAUUCUCUAAAGCUGGUUUAAACGAAUUUGUAGUAGAUGAAAAUGGAGUUGCGGCUGAUUUCUUUUAAUUUUUGUAAGACUUUUAUACCUUAUUCCCUUAAUACGCAGGCAGGGAAAUGUUUGUGACUGGAGAAUCUUACGCAGGACAUUAUAUUCCAGCCAUUACAGCCAAAAUUGUGACUGAAAAAGAUACAAGAAUGAACUUAGUAGGUGUAGCAAUAGGAAAUGGUUUAGUAGAUCCUUAUAAUUAAUACUAAGAAUAUGUUAAUUACGCAUAUGAAAAUAAUCUUAUUGGUAAUAUAUAAUAUGUUUUACUUAAAGGCGCUUUUUAUAUAUGUAAACAGAUGAUUAAAUAUAAUAUUCCUUUUGUUUUAACUAUGAAAGAAUGUCAAAUGAGCGUUGAAGCAAUAAUGGGAAAUCCUAUGAAACCAAAAUUUAAUAAAUAUGAUAUUAGAGAAAAAUGUGAUGUUCCUCCACGUUGUUAUGAUUUUUCAUAGAUUAGUAAAUUCCUUAUGAGAUAAGACGUAAUUGGAUUAUUGGGAGUUUAGGGUAGAUAAUGGGCUAAUUGUAAAGAUGAUGUUCGUAGAGCUUUAUAUACCGAUUGGAUGUUGAAUCUUUCACCUAAAAUUACACUUUUAUUAGAUAUUAAAAUAAAUAUAUUAGUUUAUACAGGAGAUAAAGACUUUAUUUGUAAUUGGAGAGGUGGAGAAAAAUGGACUAAUAAUGUUUAAUGGGCAAAAAAAGAAGAAUUCUAAAAGGCAGAGUAUAAAAAAUGGUAUAGCUUUGGCGAAAUUAAAUCUGUUGAUAAUUUACAUUUCCUUAGAGUAUAUGAUGCUGGACAUAUGGUGCCUAUGAAUAAGCCAGAAGCUUCUUUAAAAAUGAUAAAUUAGUUCUAUUCGAAUAUUUAUCUAACCAUCCUUUAGAUCCCUUGA